UCUUCACCUUUCUGACGUGCCGACUACUUCAAGCAACACAGCAGAGAGUGAGCCAGCACAUGAGCCAGAUCAGAACCCCCCGCAUUCGGACCUAACUGCCAGCUUUGACAUCACACGUCAAGACAUCGAAGACGAACCAGAAUUAGCUGAAGAUUCUCUACAUGAGCCUAGACUUCCCAGUGCCAUUUUAGAGGACAGGCCUGUGACCUACACCUUGGUGGAGCAGGGGUCACAGCGUGGUGGGCCCAGACUAGUAAGCAGCGACGGCUACGAAUAUACCAAGAAGGUUUCAAAGGGCAACUUUACAUACUGGCGAUGCUCGAAACGCUCAAAAAGUCUGCAUUGUCCGGCAACUGUUUCGCAGAAGGGAGGCGAGUUCAAGCUCAACUCCCGAGAGCACACCCACCAGGCAGACAAGGCUGCGCUAAAGAAAGUGUUAAUACAGAAGGAGGUUAAACUUACUUCACUAGAAGCCGUGCACUGCCCUGCCCGGCGCAUUGUCGAGGACGUUAUGCUAGCUCACCAUGAACCGGGAGGCCACGAACUACCUAAAUUGGAAAAUUUAAAGCGCAUGGCGAACAAGGCCCGAGCAGACCUCAGACCGACAGAACCUCGGGCGCUUGACUUUGAAAUAGACACAGACUAUUUGAAAUUGAAUGAUUUCCUUGUCGGAGAUGUACGUCUAGACAAUCAGCGACACCUCAUUUUUGCAUCACCCAUCCAAUUGGAGCUGCUGCAAAAAGCAAAACGGUGGUUUUGCGAUGGCACGUUUAAGAUAGUCACUGCCCCGUUCCAGCAAAUGUGGUCAAUCCACGUAUUUAUACGAAAAGGGGCAAGCAUUAAGCAGGUUCCUCUUGUGUUCUGCCUAAUGUCAAGGAGAAAAACAAGAGACUAUGAAGCGGUGUUUCAGAAGCUGAAGGAAUGUAUUCCUGUCCCACAGGUCCAGGGAUUUGUGAUGGACUUUGAGAAAGGUGCCUGGAAGGCAAUUCGUAAUGAAUUUCCAAAUGCGCGCAUCAAGGGAUGCGCAUUUCAUUUUAGCCAGGCAGUGUGGCGGAAGACCAUGGAGCUCGGACUGAAGACAACAUACAGCCUCCGAGGACAGGAGUAUAGGUAUAUACGUAGGCCUGAUGGCAUUGCACAUUUUUACCUGCUGCUUGAACAUCAGCGCCUCUUCAACACUGGAAACAGAAGGGAGCCAGAUACCUCACUUCAUCAACUGGUAGAGGUACUUCAGUGA